UAAAGCUUCGGCUCCGGAAAGCAAUCUGAGACCUGAGAGUGUAGAAAUCUGCGGCCGGGAUCCGGGAAAGCCGUGAAAAUCGUUCCAGUGCGGGCGACCUCGGCCGCUUCUCGUCCCAGAUCGAUCCACGGUAGAGCAGGCGCCCCCACCACAUCAUCAUCGUCGUCGUCGUCAUCAUCAUGGGAAACACGGACACGAAGCUAAACUUUCGAAAAGCCAUCGUUCAGCUGACCAGCAAGAGUCAGCCGAUCGAUGCGAGUGAUGACGCGUUCUGGGAGCAGUUCUGGUGCGAGCACAACACCCCGGUCCAGGACGUGUUUGCGCUCGUACCGGCCAAUGAGAUACGGAAGGUGCGCGAUGUAAUGCCCUCGAACCUGGCCACACUCUGCUACAAGGCGACCGAGCGGAUGGUCCGGGCCGUCGAUAACAGCUGUCGCACCCAGGCGGAACAGCAGACCGUCCUCAACUGUGUCCGCCUGCUGACCCGCAUCCUUCCGUACAUCUUCGAGGACGCUCAGUGGAAAGACUUUUUCUGGUCCUCAUUGCCUAGCAACAGUGCAGGCGAAAAAGAGGAAAACGGUGGAGCAGGCGGUGGUGCGGCGGUCCCGUUAGCUCAAAGCCUACUGAAUGCAAUUUGCGAUUUGCUGUUCUGUCCCGAUUUCAGCGUAGUAGGCUACCGUAAAUCUGGCCCCGAAAAGGCCGAAGAGUUGAAUUCGAUCGAUAGCUGCGAGUACAUCUGGGAGGCGGGGGUCGGAUUCGCCCAGUCGCCACCACGGAACGGUCAUCUGGAUGCAAGGCGUACCGAGCUGUUGAAGUUGUUGCUGACCUGCUUCAGCGAAACCAUGUACCGUCCACCGACGGCGAGCGAUGAACCGAAUCGCUGGAUCGUACACUUCACCAGUGCCGACAAUCGGCAUGCGUUGCCCCUGUUCACCUCACUGCUAAACACGGUCUGUGCGUACGAUCCGGUCGGUAUGGGCGUACCGUAUAACCAUCUACUGUUCACCGACACACUCGAGCCACUUGUCGAGGUGUGCCUGCAGCUGCUUAUCGUGACACUCGAUCACGAUAUCACCGGGAACGCGGCAGGAUCCGGUACCCCAGGCAGCCAGCAGGCUGGACAGUCACCGGUAGGGUACGUGCACGACGAGAGCACGAUCGCGGACAAUCUCUUCAUCAACUAUCUGUCACGCAUCCAUCGGGACGAUGACUUUCAGUUCAUUCUGAAGGGCGUGACGCGGUUGCUAAAUAAUCCGCUCGUUCAAAGCUAUCUGCCCAACUCGACCAAGCGGCUACACUGUCACCAGGAGCUGCUGGUGUUCUUCUGGAAGAUCUGCGACUAUAACAAGAAAUUCCUCUACUUUGUGCUGAAGAGUAGCGACGUGCUGGACAUCCUGGUACCGAUACUGUACCAUCUGAAUGAUUCUCGUGCCGAUCAAUCCCGUGUUGGAUUGAUGCACAUCGGGGUGUUCAUACUGCUGCUACUGUCCGGGGAGCGUAAUUUCGGUGUUCGGCUAAACAAACCGUAUACCGCGACCGUACCGAUGGACAUUCCCGUCUUCACCGGUACGCAUGCCGAUCUGCUUAUCACGGUAUUUCACAAAAUCAUUGCAACCGGUCACCAGCGGCUGCAGCCACUGUUUGAUUGUCUCCUCACGAUCCUGGUCAAUGUGUCGCCUUACCUGAAGACCCUAUCGAUGGUGGCGAGUAUUAAGCUGCUGCAUCUGCUGGAAGCCUUUAGCACACCAUGGUUCCUGUACUCGGCCCCCUCGAACCAUCAUCUGGUAUUUUUCUUGCUCGAGAUCUUUAACAACAUCAUCCAGUAUCAGUUCGAUGGUAACUCGAACCUGGUCUACACGAUCAUCCGCAAGCGGCAGGUGUUCCAUGCGCUCGCCAACCUUCCGACCGAUGCGGCCGGCAUUGCACGGUGUCUCAGCAACCGUAAGGGUGGCAGUGGUACUGGUGGUGCGCGUAUAAGUGGCUCUAGUCAUGCAGGAGGACAGGGUGGCCCAGGUGCCGGUGCUCGUGGCGGUGUCCAGCGGCACGAUGACGAAGUGGACUAUCAGCAGCGAAAGGCGGCACUUACGGCUCCUGGUCGCGAUUCGCCGGGAUCUGGUGUAGCCGAUGACAGUGAGGACGAUAUCAGUGAUCGUGCCGGGCGUGUAACGUUGCGAGAUGAGGACGACAGUUCCGCAUCGGCCGAUGCUCGCAGCGAUAUCGUGGAGGAAUCGAUGGAAGGCUCACGGCCAGCGCAGGAAGCCGAACCGGGUACGCUGCAAGCGACCCUACUCGAUACUCCCAAUCUGGCCCAGAUUACGGAGCGUGAAUCGGCACAUCCGACAUCACCGGAUUCGAUAGCUGCCGGCGCCGCCGCCAUUGCCACGACGCCAACCAAGGAUGAUGAGGGUAGCGAGGAAAAUGAUGAUGGUGCUGGCUCACCGAAGCGAGGAAAUAGUUCACCGAGCAAGACACCGUCUCCGCUGCGGCGAUCCAUUGCCCA